UGCAGUACAGGGCGGCGAGCCCGACUGACCGGCGUGCGGGAGGCGCGUGGUGGUGUGCGGUGUGCUGACGGCGGGAUUGCGGACCACGGGGACUGCUCCGUGUCGACACGGUGUUCGGAGUCGGGUCUGUUGACGGUGGGGUUCUGCGGUGCCCGGUGGUGGGGGCUGUGUGACAGCGCGCAGCUGACGGAGGAGACGUCCCGGUGACGUCGGCCACACCAGCCAUGGAGACGGCGACUGCGACGGCCAAUGGCGGCGCCGGCGACGCGCCCGACACCAACGGCCUGUCAGAGGAGGAGCUGGAGCGGCAGAGGAUGCGGCCCGCCGAUGUCGACGCCGACAUGAGGGAGAUGAGUCGACGGAAACGCGUCGAGGCUGUCCUCCAGUCGCCCGCCUUCAGGAUGGAGCUGGACCGUCUGGUGGAGGCCGGCAUGACGCAGGGCAACUGUGUGGGCGGCUCCACCCUCUCCGAUAUGCUGGGCCUGGUGCGCGCAGGACCCGUCACUGGCCGAGCGGGGAUGCAGUGCGUGCAGCCGAUCGCCGACCUGCGCGGGGCAGAGGCGGCGCAGCUCACCAAGCCGGAGAAGAUGCUGCGCUGUAAGCUGGCCUCGCUGCUGCGCGUGAUGGACAUGUUCGGCUGGGCGCAGGGCGUCUGCAACCAUGCCACGGUGCGGCUGAGCCAGGACCUGGAGCACUUUCUGGUGAACCCGUACGGCCUGCUGUACGGCGAGAUCACGGCCGCCUCGCUGCUCAAGGCCGACAUGCAGGGCAACAUCGUGGCCGCCGGCAGCAGCGGGCUCGGCCUCAACAGCGCCGCGUACGCGCAGCACGCGGCCAUCCACGCGGCGCGGCCGGACCUGCGCGUGGUGUUGCACGUGCAGGAGCCGGCCGUGGUGACGGUGUCGGCGCUGCGGGCCGGCCUGCUGCCACUUACCGAGCAUGCCUGCGUACUGGGUGAGGUGAGCGUGCACCGGCCGCCGGCCGACGGCGCCGACCCCGAACACCAGCGGCUCACCCGCGACCUGGGCGUGCACAACAAGGUGAUGCUGCUGCAGAACCGCGGCGCCCUCUGCUGCGGAGAGAACAUCGAGGAGGCCUUCUUCCUGCUCUCACACCUGGUGGCCGCCUGCAAGAACCAGGUGGUGAUGAUGCCUCUGGGCGUGGAUAACCUGACGCUGGUGGACGAGGCGCAGCGGCAGCUGGUGUUCGAGGAGUCGCGCCGUCCACCCACCCGGCCCACACUGUCCUCCUCCGGUGAGGAGCGGCCCUCUCCGCGCAGCCAGUGGCGGCUCGGCGAGCUCGAGUUCGAGGCUCUGAUGCGAGUCAUGGACAACGCCGGCUACCGGACCGGACACAUCUACCGGCACACGAUGCGCGCCGAGGCGCCGGCUCACCAGAGCGACGUGGAGUACCCGCCGGCGGCCAGCUCCUACCUGGCAGAUAUCGACGACGUCUUUAAAUACAGUCCGAUGCGAAAGACCCGGCCUGGCGAGCGGACCCGCUGGCUGAACACGCCCAACGUCUACCAGAAGGUCGAGAUGCUGGAGACGGGCACCAACGACCCCAAGACCAUCUACAAGUGGGUGCCGGACGGCUCCCCCUCGCACGGCAACACGCCCAUCAAGGUGGACGCUGCCCUGCAGUUUGUGCCCAAGAACACCAACCCCAAGGAGUUCAAACAGCUCCAACAGCAGAUCAAGGAGAACCGCCGCGGCGGCGGUGUGAGCGCCGGUCCCCAGUCGCACAUCUUGGAGGGGGUGUCCUGGGACGAGGCGCGCCAACUGCAGGAGGCGGCCGAACAGCGAGCCGGCGGCGACCAGGUGGUGCUGGUGGGAGCCGCCUCCAAGGGUAUUAUCCAGCGCAACUACCAGCACAACGCCACCGUCUACAAGACACCCUACGCCAAGAACCCGUUCGACCAGGUCACCGACGAGGACCUCGAGGAGUACAAGCGCUUCGUCGACCAGAAGAGCCGCGGGGCCAGCGUGGAGGCCGAGGUGCCGGCGCCGGUGACGGAGGCGCCGCAGCACGCCGAGCGCGUCCAGCUGCCCAGCGACGGCGAGGAGGCCGACGUGAGCCGCAGCUCAGCGCCAGGUGACGUCUCUGCCGCCCCCGCCACCGCCCCGGCCGCCGCCGCCGCCGCCGGCCGCGUCGAUUCCCCGCCCUUCUCUCCAUCCGACCACGAGGCGUCUCUGCCGCCGCUGCCGCCGCGCACGGACCGUGUGGCGUCGGUACAGGUGCCGCGCGCCUCGCAGGCGCACCCCGUCACACUGACGGCCGACGGCAGCGUGUCAGAGGGUGAGCCAGAGUCUCCGCGCUCGGCCGGCCGGCCCGGCAGCCAGCCGCCGAUCUCCCCGGUCAGCCCUGCCGGCACCGGCUCCCCGGCCUCGCCGCGGGGCCUCGCCGGCACACACUUCCCCAUGCCUCCGGCCGAGAACCCGCGCGUGAAGCCGGUGCCCCCGGUGCGCGCGCCCACUGCGCCGGCGCCGGCGCCGCGCUCAGGCACCGCUCAGCGUGACCUGACCGCCAACGGCGACGAGACGGACACCGGUCACAUGUCGACCGUGUCUCACACCGAUCAGGAGGAUAUCUCUACAAGUGAGGCAUCGAAGAAGGAUAAAAAGAAGAAGAAGGGCCUGAGGACACCCAGCUUCUUGAAGAAGAAGAAGGAUAAGAAGAAGGACAAAAAGGAAGAGGCGUCCAAGUAAACGAACGGCAGAUAUUAUUAAGCCACUGCCGGAGAGACGAAGUGAGCGGCAGCGCGCUAGUGGCUCGCCGAGUGUCGUCAGUGGCUCGCCGAGUGUCGUCAGUGGUGCUGCGCCGCCGGCCGCGAUACGACGUUGGACAGACGGCGGCCCACGCGUGUGAGAGAGAAAGAGUGAGUGAGAGACGCGAGCGAUCGAGCGAGAGAGCGCGCGGACUGUCCGCCGAGCCGCUGUGAGGAGAGCAGGACAGCGAGUCAACACGCGUGAUCGGGAGAGGACGAGAUAGAGAGACAGCCGCUGCCGCACGGUGUCCGAGGUGGCUGGAUGUGGCGGCCGCGCGGGUCCGGCGGCGCCCCGCGUGGUCCGCCGCCGGCAGCAGCCGCCCCGCCGCGAGCCAGAGCUAUAUUACUACUACGCAUGUUUUAAAAUUCACGACAGCUUGUGUGCAUGUGUUCAUCGGAGUACCGCCUGUGGGCCGAAGCUGAAUCAGUGAUUGUUAGCUGUGCGCGACGCCGGCCAGCCGGUGGGUGUGGCCGUCGCUUUGGGCGCGUGCUGCGCGCCGUGCCGCCGCCGCCGCCGCUGUAAGUACCGCUGCCCGCUCCUCCGAUAUGUACCGCCCGACGCGACAGGGAGGAGGAGCAGAGGCCCAGCUGAACGGGCGACGACGCGGCUGUACCCUGCAUCGCCGCGCAGCGAGGCGCCGGAGACACCGCCGCCCCCGCCCCCGCCCCCGCCCCGAUCGUACGCAGCUGCCGCCUCCGCCCGGAGGGCCGCGUAUUCGCGCCCGGAGGCGGAUGGCGAGCCGCCCGCCCCCGCCCCCGCCCGGCCCGCAGGUCAAUCGUGCUUCUCGGAGAUUCACGUUACGUUCGUCUGAAACUUGGUUGCUACGGAUGCAGCUAUGUGAAAAUAGAGAGACACUUACAUUGUAGAACGAUUCUUAUUUACUCGCUGGCGCGCGCGCUCUUUUGUACACAGGCAGCCAUUUUAUCUGCAAGGUACCCAGCGGUGUGAAUACAGUUUGAUCUUCUGGUG